AUGAAAGUUCAUGAAGUUAACUCUACCACGGUCACUGAGUUUCUUAUACUGGGAUUCCCAGCUCUGAAUGAUUACAAGUUGCCUUUCUUCUCUAUUGUUCUUCUAAUGUAUUCCAUGACUAUAUGUGAAAACCUGUUGAUCAUUUUACUGGUGUCCACAAGCCAACGUCUCCGUUCUCCAAUGUAUUUCUUCCUUGGACAUUUGGCGCUAUCAGACAUAAUCCUUGUGACAAUUAUUGUUCCUAAGAUGCUGGAUAUUAUUAUAAGAGAAGGGAGCACAGUUCCUUAUGUUGGGUGUUUAGCCCAGUUUUACUUUUAUGGGGUAUCAGUCAGUGCUGAAUGUUUUUUGCUCACGGCCAUGUCCUAUGACCGGUACUUGGCCAUAUGUAGACCUCUACAUUAUAUCUCAGUGAUGGGUGUCAAGCUUAAAUACAGCCUGAUCAUCUCAUCCUGGGGGAUCAGCUUUAUGUUAGUGCUCAUCACACUUGUCAUUUUAUGUAACAUAGAUUUCUGUGGGCCGCAUGUUAUUAACCAUUUUUUUUGCGAUUUUUCCCCUAUUUUACAACCUUCUUGCUUAGACAAAACCCCUGUAAGUAUUGCUAUGGUAGUUCUUUGCAUUCCAGUAAUUCUGUUGCCUUUUGUACUUAUAAUCAUAUCAUAUGUUUGUAUUUUUAUGACAAUUUUUGGAAUUUCCUCCACCUCAGGCCGACAAAAGACUUUCUCCACUUGUGCCUCUCAUUUGGUGGUUGUAUCUACUUAUUAUGGCUCCAUCACAGUAUCGAGCUAUAAGACAAUAUCAGAGAAGGAUGGUUCCUCCAAGUCGUCUUCCGUUAGCAAUGCAGCUGCCAUUGCCCGCACAGAAGCCGCGAAGGUCAAAGCAGCCUUUGCCAAACAAGAAAUGAAGAUGAAAGAAGAAAAGGCACAGUUAGAGGCUGAGAAAGCAAAGCAACAGGCUUCACUAGAAAUGCAAAAGGUUUUCUUAGAUGCAAAGCUAGAGAAACUCGCCGUAGAGAAAGAAACGGCAGCCGCCAUAGCUGAGGCAGAGUUCUUGGAAGCAAUGGAAUUCCCGGAAACUGAAAGUCACAACAGUGUGCUUAGCCCAGAACUCGGCCAGCAAGAUCCUGUACGACGCACUUCAGAGUAUGUCCGUCAACACUCUAGACCAAACAGCAAUGCUGAUCCAUUCCCAGGAACCGAAGAUGUCACCUAUGCCACAGAAGAAUCAUACCAUCCAAAAGAAAGAGUCACACUCUGA